AUGGUUCGGAUGUUAUGCGGUUUCCUUAGCCGGAAGAAGAAAAAGCCUUCUACGUCGUCUCCAUCUUCUUCUCCAUCGAGGGAUUUGAAAAAGGGUAAAACGGGAAAGAAAGAUGGAGGACUUCGUGUGAUGACGACGGGUUCUAAGACCACCACUAGUCGGGCUUUUAGCCGCGGUAAAGGCGGUUGUUGCAGUGACGGUUUCGGUUGUGGUGGUUGCGGAGAUUGUGGUGGUUGCGGAGGUUGUGGAGGUUGA